AUGUACACAUCGAGGAAGAAAAUCCACAAGGAUAAGGAUGCUGAGCCAACUGAGUUUGAAGAGACAGUUGGACAGGCAUUGUUUGAUUUGGAAAACACCAAUCAGGAGCUUAAAAGUGAUCUGAAGGAUCUAUACAUUAACUCGGCAAUCCAAAUUGAUGUUUCUGGGAACCGCAAGGCUGUUGUUAUUCACGUCCCAUACAGAUUAAGGAAAGGUUUUCGCAAGAUUCAUGUUAGGCUUGUCAGGGAGCUCGAGAAGAAAUUUAGUGGGAAGGAUGUUGUUUUGGUUGCCACCCGAAGGAUAUUGAGGCCACCAAAGAAGGGUUCUGCUGUUCAACGCCCCCGCAGCCGAACUCUCACUGCUGUCCAUGAAGCAAUACUUGAGGAUGUUGUAUUACCUGCUGAAAUUGUUGGGAAGCGUGUGAGAUAUAGAAUUGAUGGAUCUAAGAUUAUGAAGGUUUUCUUGGACCCAAAGGAGAGAAACAACACUGAGUACAAGUUGGAGACAUUUGCUGCAGUGUACAGGAAGCUUUCCGGCAAAGAUGUUGUGUUUGAGUAUCCUGUCGCAGAGGCUUAG